CUUUUGUAGUCAAAGCUCCGGUAAGAUGGUUGCCUUUGGGAAGAGGUUGAAAGAAAGCCAGAUUCAAGAAUGGAAAGAAUAUUAUAUCGACUACAAAUUUAUAAAGAAGAAGGUGAACCAAUUUAAGCCGCAAGUUGAUGAUGAUGUUGGUACCCAAGAUCAUAGUUCUGUGCUCAAGGGUUUCUGUAGAAUUAUGGAUAAUCAGAUUGAAAAGGUUGUCUUGUUUCUUCUGGAACAACAAGGACUGCUCGGACACAGAUUAUCAUCUCUUGGACAACAACGCAAUGCAGUUUUUCAGCAAAACAACAUAUGCGAGCUUGAACAAGGAUACAGACAAGUAGGACAUGAUCUGUUGCGGCUACUCUGUUUCCUUGAGAUGAACGCCAUUGGUAUCCGUAAGAUCCUGAAGAAAAUUGAUAAGCAUUUUUACUACAAAUUCACAGACUACUACGUCAGAACUCGUUCAAAUCACCCUUACUCUCAGCUACAACAAGUCUUCAAGCAAGUGGGUGUUGGAGCUGUUGCUGGGUCUGUUUCUCGCAAUCUUGCAGCACUUCAGGACCACCAAGGGAUCCAUACUUCAAUAUAUGACCAAUCUGUUUUAUCUAACCCGGAUGCUAUGGUUGAUUCUAUCAAUGCUGCUGUUAGGAAGCUAUCAAACUCAACAAGCUUUCUGGAUUUCCUCGGGAAACAUGCGUUAAUCAUAUUGGAAGACUCGCCUUCUCUUCAAGAUCCUGUUGCUGAGGAAAAUUUUCAUUUUCUGUCCCUGUUCCUGAAUUUGGUUAACGCUUUUCUGUAUAUGGUAAACACCUACAUCGUAGUCCCUACGGCGGAUAGUUACUCGCUUAGCCUUGGAGCUGCAGCAACUGUUUGCGGUGUGGUGAUUGGCUCCAUGGCAGUUGCUCAACUGUUUUCUUCAAUCUAUUUCAGUGCAUGGUCAAACAGAUCUUACCUUAAGCCGCUUUUGUUUAGCAGCAUUGUUCUUAUCUUUGGCAACGCAUUUUACGCCUUGGCCUAUGAUAUGAACUCUAUUGUACUUCUUCUGCUCGGUCGCCUCUUCUGUGGGUUAGGCUCUGCAAGGGUAAUAAAUAGGCGUUAUAUAAGUGACUGUGUGCCACUCAAGCUUAGAAUGAAGGCUUCUGCUGGAUUUGUUAGUGCAAGUGCGCUAGGAAUGGCAUGUGGUCCAGCCCUUGCCUGCUUCUUUCAAACUAACUUCAAGAUUUGCAAUCUCACCUUCAACGAGAAUACAUUACCGGGUUGGUUCAUGGCGUCGGCGUGGCUGGUAUUCUUGCUCUUGUUAUGGAUAUACUUUAAAGAACCUGAGAGAGAGGAUGUUGUGCCACAGAAAGGGCCUUCAACUUCAAGUUUAGGUACUUUGGAUGAAAAUAUUGCGGCGCCUUUGCUCUUGAAAUGUGAAGCUAAACAAAAGACCAUUUAUGAGGAUGAGAAUUGUGAAGAAGACCGAAAGCCAGUAAAUUCAAUUAUCUCAGCAUACCGGUUGCUUCCACCUUCAGUAAAAGUUCAGCUAUUUGUCUACUUCAUGCUCAAAUAUGCGAUGGAGAUCUUGGUAGCUGAAAGCAGCGUCAUCACUAGUUAUUACUUUUCCUGGCAAACCAACGCAGUUGCAAUCUUUCUUGCUUGCCUCGGCCUAACGGUGCUUCCAGUUAACGUUAUAGUCGGACACCACUUCAGCAACAUGUUUGAAGAAAGGUAG